AUGUUUCGAAUCAACAUUUUGGUAGUUUUCUCAGUGAUUAUAUUUACUCUUCGCUCAUCGGAAGGUGAUACUCGAUAUGCAUAUUUGAAGACAGCUCACAUUGGUUCAGUGAAUCCAGGAUUUCCGUCCGGUGAUUGUCCAAUAUCUUCCAACGGUUACAAAUUUGGUUGGCACUUCGUACUGAGCGGAACUAAAACGUCUUUCGUAUCAAUCAAAUGUGUUUUCGAGAAAGCAGGAAGCGUCACAACAAUGCAGCAAGUUCCGACUAAUAAGCAUGCUUAUGUGUUUACACCAACGUCAGACAAAAUUCGUAACGCAUCGGCCGUCGUGGAUGGUCCUGAUACUGAGUUUGUUUUAAGUCAUGUUUGUAACCCUGGUCAGACGACAACAACGGCACACACUGUGCUCACAACCCAAAUCACGACCAUUGAAGCAACACCAUUAAUAGUCGAUAGUGCCAAUCUAGCUUUCAGUAAGUCUUCAUCGUCUACAUUUUCGUUAUUUAACCGAAUCGCACGAAAUUUCUAUCAUUUCUAAGGGAUAUGAUAAUCAGCAGUAUAUAUGAAGAUAGACUUAAGUUGAGUAUGUACCAUUACUCUCGAGCAACCGAAUAAAACCUGCUGAUCGUACUAGCGAUUCAACCUUUAGAACGAAUUAUUAAUCAGUGAAGACCAAAAUUAAGCAUGAAGAAGUAUAUUUAUAGAGCUGCAUAUUCAGCAAGAAAAGCUGGUUGAUGAAUAUAACCAUGGAAGCAACUCAUUGAAUUUUUUCGAGUAGUGAUAAGGAAUGGUUAAAGAGACUGGAAACGAAUAGUGAAGUGAAACACUAAAAAGUCCACAAUAAUAACUCCAGGAAGACAGAUCAUGAAAAAAAAUCAACAGAAGUAUCAAGGAAAAAGUGGAGGAGAAUAGAAGCGUAAAACUUGUGAAAGUUGUUGAUUAGCAACGUGAAAACCAUAUAGAAUAGUUUUAUUAGUUUUUGAGACGAAGGGUCGAAUUGUAAUAAUUAUGCAGAUCAGAGAACCACAAUGGUUGAUUUUUCGUAAGCCUUGCCUGCCUAUAAUGACCUGUCUAUUAUUUUUCGUUCUACUAUCAUGAAAAUAAUAGAAUAGAAAGAAGUAUUAACCCUUUGGGGACGGGCGUGGUAUAUAUACCACCUGGGGUAUUUCUCAAAAUUUGGGGAUGAUAUAUAUUUCAAAUCAAUCAGAAGUGAGUGGAAAUAGCCUGUAAAGUAAUUUUUCUG